GGGAGGGCCCGUGGGGCCGGGCUGCCAGCAGAGGCCGAGGCCGAGGCAGUGGGACGGGGAUGUGGGACCCGGACGAGUUCGAACGGCAGUGGAUGAGGGAGUUCCCGGGGGGAGAGGCCCCGGUUCCCCGCCUCCAGCUGCACUCUGUGUCCGAGCUGGAGGCCGAGCUCCGGCGGAGUGAGGAGCGGCUCCGGGCCGGCCAGCAGCUCCUGGCACGGGAGAAGUUCAAAGUGAUUUACCUGCAAACAGUGCUGGAGCGGCAGAGGCCCGGGCCCCGGCCCCAGGGAGACAGUCCCCAGGGUCAGGGAGACAGAGCGCUGGGUCAGGGGGACGGGGACGGUCCCCUGGGGCAGGGGGACAGAGCGCUGGGUCAGGGGGACGGUCCCCUGGGUCAGGGGGACAGAGCGCUGGGUCAGGGGGACGGGGACGGUCCCCUGGGGCAGGGGGACAGAGCGCUGGGUCAGGGGGACGGUCCCCUGGGGCAGGGGGACAGAGCGCUGGGUCAGGGGGACGGGGACGGUCCCCUGGGGCAGGGGGACAGAGCGCUGGGUCAGGGGGACGGGGACGGUCCCCUGGGUCAGGGGGACAGAGCGCUGGGUCAGGGGCUAAGUGACAGACCCCCAGGUCACAGGGACGUGGACAGACCCCCGGGUCAGGGGGACGGACUCUUGGGCCAGGGGGAGAGUGACAGACCCUUGAGUCAUGGAGACAGAGACAGACCCCAAGGGGAGGGGGACAGACCCCAGGGUCAAGUGGAGGGGGAGGAGAGAGCCCUGAGUGAGGGGGAGACACACCCAGGUGAGGGGGAGAGAGAGGAGACACCCCCAGGUCAGGGGGAGACGGCCCGGGUUGGGAAGGUUCAUGGGGAAUGCAAUCCGUGCCAUGGGGAGGGAGACCUGAAUGCGGGAGAAAUGAACCUCAACCAGGGAGAGGUGCCGCUGAGCCAGGAAAGCAAGGAGGAUAUAGAUAGUGAGCAAGAUUCUGUCUCUCCAAACCUGAGUCAUCCAGGGCCAAGCUGCCUACGGAGGGGCCACAGGGUAAACCGAAUCCGGAAUGGCAGUGGAUCCCCUGUUGGAAGCCCCAGGUUGAGGAGACGCCAAUUCUUGACAGUUCCACACGACUCAGAACGAGCUUCCAGUGGAGCAAGUGAUGGAUACACCAGCUCGGAGCAUGAGGACUGGAGUUCAGAUUAUAAUUACGCAGACGCCUUUGAUGGAGAGACUGCAGAUGAAUCGAAAGCUGCGCAGGAAGCUUCCGAAGCAAUGCCAUAUAUUGAUGAAUCUCCCACAAUGUCACCACACCUCAGUUCCAGAGCCAAGGAAACACACAACACAGAUACGACAAUGGCAGCAAUGAGUGAGGUGGACCCAGAAAAGAGGUUGGAGAUGAGGAAUUUUGUACUGUCUGGGAUCCUGGCAAGUGAGGAGAUCUACUUGAAUCAGCUGGAGGCCCUACUUCUGCCACUGAGGCCACUAAAAGCUGCUGCUACCACCUCACAGCCAGUUCUGACCAAUCAGCAAAUUGAGACCAUCUUCUACAAGGUGCAGGAAAUUCAUCAAAUUCAUCGAGAAUUCUGUGACAGCCUGUGUCCCAAAAUCGAGAACUGGGAUUCCCAGCAUUCUGUGGGACACCUCUUCCAGAAGCUGGCUGAAGGUCUCGGGGUGUACCAGGCGUUCGUGGGGAAUUAUAAACUUGCUGUGGAGACGGUUGAGAGAUGUAGUUUGGCUAACAACAAUUUCAGGAAGAUCUCGGAGGAUCUGAAAGUGAAAAGCCCCAAGGAUUCUAAGGAAUGUUCCACCUCUGUCACAUUGGAAGCCCUGCUCUACAAGCCAAUCGACCGAGUGACUCGAAGCACCCUAGUGCUGCAUGAUCUCCUGAAGCACACCCCCACACAGCAUCCUGACUACCCCUUGCUGCAGGAUGCUCUCCGAAUCUCACAGAAUUUCCUGUCCAGCAUUAACGAGGAAAUCUCUGAUCGGCACGCACACGUGACACUGGCAAAGGGAGAGAAUCGGCAGCUCGUGCGAGAUGGGUUCAUUGUUGAAGUUUCAGAGGGAACCAGGAAGCUACGACACGUUUUCCUCUUCACUGAUCUCCUGCUGUGCGGCAAACUGAAAAAACAGGCAGUUGGGAAACACCAGCAGUACGAUUGUAAGUGGUACAUUCCCCUGGCUGACCUCAUCUUCCUGUCUGCUGAGGAUUUGGAGCCAAGCCCGCAGGUUCACAUUGUCCCUGAGCACGAGCUGGAGGAAAUGAAGAUGAAGAUAUCUCACACCAAGAAUGAAAUCCAGAGAGAAAAGAAAUCUCCGAAGGGUCAGAUCCGGGUUGUGGAGCGCCUGAAGAAGAAGUUGUGUGAACAGGAAUCCUGGCUCCUCCUGCACUCUCCCACUAUUCCCUUCCGGAUCCACAACAAGAAUGGAAAGAGUUUCUUGUUUCUGCUGUCUUCAGAUUACGAACGCAGUGAGUGGCGAGAGGCAAUUGAGAGACUCCAGAAGAAAGACCUGCAGGGUUUUGUGCUCAGUUCCCUGGAGUUACAGAUGCUGACCGGUGCGUGUGUGAAGCUGAGGACCGUCCACAAUAUUCCUGUCACCAGCAAUAAAGAGGAUGAUGAGCCAAGUGGUCUGAAUGGUUUUCUCAAUGUCAUCGUCCACUCAGCGAAGGGCUUCGAUACCCCAGCCAGUUUAUACUGUACACUUGAAGUCGAUUCCUUUGGUUAUUUUGUCAGUAAAGCAAAGACCAGAGUUUUCAGGGACACAACAGAGCCACACUGGAACGAGGAGUUUGAGAUUGAGUUGGAAGGUUCCCAGACAUUGCGGAUCCUUUGUUACGAGAAGUUGUACGACAAAAUCAAACUGAAUAAAGACGACAAUGAAAUUGUGGAUAAAAUCAUGGGCAAGGGGCAGAUACAGCUGGACACACGGACGGCCCAAAGCAGGAACUGGCAGAAUGCAGUCAUCGAAAUGAAUGGGAUUGAUGUGGAGUUAUCGAUGAAAUUCACCAGCCGUGAUCUGAGUCUGAAACGAACCCCAUCAAAGAAGCAGAGUGGAGUGUUUGGUGUGAAAAUUAAUGUUGUUACAAAGAGGGAACGCUCAAAGGUUCCCUAUAUCGUCCGUCAGUGCAUCGAAGAGGUGGAAAAACGAGGGAUUGAGGAAGUGGGAAUCUAUCGGGUGUCUGGAGUAGCCACAGACAUUCAGACCCUGAAAUCUGCCUUCGACCUGAAUACCAAGGAUGUGCUGGUGAUGUUAAGUGACAUGGACAUAAAUGCCAUCGCCGGAACGCUGAAGCUAUAUUUUAGAGAAUUACCGGAACCACUUCUUACUGACAGGCUGUACCCAGCAUUUGUGGAAGGGAUCGCGUUGUCAGACCCGGCCGCGAAGGAAAAUUGUAUGUUACACUUACUACGUUCACUGCCAGAGCCCAACGUCAGCACACUGCUCUUCCUGCUGGAUCAUCUGAAAAGGGUUGCAGAGAAGGAACCUGUGAAUAAAAUGUCUGUACACAACCUGGCAACAGUGUUUGGUCCCACCCUGCUCAGACCAUCAGAGACAGAACACAAAGUACACACCAACAUUGUGUCCGAUAUCUGGUCUCACGAAGUCAUGGCACAGGUACAACACAUUCAGCCCUGCACAGCGUUAGGGCUCGGACACCUAUGGGCAGGGCCAUGUGGGAGGGCAGCAGGUUCCAGGCUCAGCCAGUCUUACUGGAAGGGGGUGGUCUGA